GUGACAGCACCGUGACUGUUGAUUGAUUGAUGGAGCCGCUGAUGGCCGAAUUCUGCUGCCUCUGCGAAAGCUCUGGAUGCAAUAGAACCCAUCAUUGAUUUGCUGCUUGACAGCCUGUUGCUUCCUCAACGAUAUGCAAAUUUAAACCAGCAAACACCAAAGUUUGCAUCUUGCAACCAUGACAAUGCCAAAGCUACUAUCUGCAGUACUGUCACUACUAGCGGGGCUGUGUUGCUUUGGUGAUACCAGUACCUACGCCUAUGCAUAUAUUAUCCAUGAAGUAACUCCCCGCACCACUCCCGAGGAGGUUCUUUCUGCGCAGCUUUUGGCGCUGCAACGCAAGGACUUGCAAACUGCGUUUCACUUGGUUUCUCCGUCCCACAAGACUCCAUUUGGUGUCUUUCAAGGUCCUCACGGCUCCAAGUUUUAUCAGCACAUGAUGCAUUCCAAGGGUCUCAUUGGACUUGAACAGGCCGAUAUCCUUCUCACGAAGCGAACCACGGAUACUCCUAGUAGACCCCUUUCUCAGGAACGACUCCAAAGACUCGUUGGCAAAUUCUGGGUAAAACCACACAAAAUGUGGACGGAGGAUCGCUGGGAAGGGUUGGUACGUGUUGCCAUGAUGACUGAGACUCCAAGCAGCAGUCUAGAUGAUUGUGAUCAAGGACUGCAAGAAACUGUAGGCAAAAACCAGAACACUGACAACAUGGUCAAGAUUCAAGAAAAUUGGUGGAUGCUUUCAAGAUGGACUGGUCCUGGCCCUUACAACGGAUGUUUCUUUGUAGAAGAUAUCCGGCCUAACAAGAGCGCUGUCUCGCUAGGGAGAUACUUCUAUAGUCUUACAGAAGACAGUGCAAGAUAGGCCAGGCGAAGCAGACGAUGCAUGCGGGGGCUCUAUUUCGUCUCCCGGAGACGAUUUGCUUUUAGGGGUAAGGGUACUUUUGGGGAGUGGAGGUUUGAAUUAUACCCCGCGUGCAUUACUUAGAGGCCUCUGUAGAAGUCUACGUAUUCGACUAGUAUUGUAUUGACGGGAUACAGUCAACGCAUGUACAUGC